UAAUGGAAAGAAUGGGCCUCCCCCAUCACUCCUCCACCUCACCUUCACCAUCACCAUCUCCAUCUCCACUUCUUCUCCAAUCACCUCCACACUCUCCACCACCAAUUCCGCCGCCGCCGCUGCUGCCAUACCAAACUACUGCAUCCAGACAAUUACUACUCCUAGUACAUAUUAAAUUUUCUUCGUAAUAAGAUAGUACUAUAUAUAUCAUAAUUGGUAUAUAUAUAUAUGGAUGAAAUGUAUGGGUUUCAUUCGGCGGGAGAUUACUAUGUUGACAAGGCUUUGAUGUUUCCGGAGAAUAUGAUGGUGCUGGAGGACUACAAUCACUACCACUACCAUUCUCCGAUCGCCGGCGAGCACUAUAUUCGGACUCCGAUGUUGUUUAAUUCCGAGGAAUUGGGAUGUCACGAUUCCGCUUGUGUGAAUGUCCAGAAUCACAUAGAUGAGGAUGAUUCGGGUUUGAUCAAGGCCAAAAUUGCUUCACAUCCUUCCUAUCCAAAAUUGCUCCAUGCCUAUAUUGAUUGCCACAAGGUUGGAGCUCCCCCAGAAAUAGUGUCUGUGUUGGAUGAGAUCAAGCGAGAAAACGACUUGUGCAAACAACACGCUGUUUCCCUUUGCACACAGACUGAUCCUCACCUCGACGACUUCAUGCAAUCCUACCGCGACAUACUGGUCAAGUACAAGUCGGAUCUGUCGCGCCCCUUCGACGAAGCAACCUCUUUCCUCGCCCAGAUUCAAACGCAGCUCCUCAAUCUUUGCAAUGAUGAUGAAGGAGAAGGCGAAGGAUCGGUGUGGUCGGAGGGGGAGUUGAUAGAAAUGCAAGAUGCAGAGACGAAGAGGGAAGAUCGGCAGCUGAAGGAGAAGCUGCUGCGGAUGUAUGGCAGCCAUAUCAGCAGUUUGAAGCUUGAAUUUUCAAAGAAGAAGAAGAAAGGGAAGCUGCCAAAGGAGGGGAGGCAGACUUUGCUCGCUUGGUGGAAUUUGCACUCCAAAUGGCCCUACCCUACGGAAUCGGAUAAGAUUGCGCUUGCUGAGACAACAGGUCUGGAUCAGAAGCAGAUUAACAAUUGGUUCAUAAAUCAGAGGAAGCGCCACUGGAAAUCGCCCGACAACAUGCUUGCGGUUGCGGAUAGGAUCACCACUCCACAUUAACAUUUAUCUUUAUCUUGUCUUGUAUAUUAUUCCCAUACCAUACUCUCUAAUUUUUAAAUAAACUACACUUUCAUAA